AGAAGGCAUUGAGUUUCCAUGAGCUUAAUGCUUGAUCAACACCAAUUCAACCCUCGGACAGGAACCUCCCUGGAUCCAUUCACUCCUUCAUCUUGCAACAAGACUAGCUUGGCCGUGUCCGCCAAGUGGUCUAGAGCAUAGUCACAAUGCCCUAACCAGCGUCAACAAUGGGUCAGCCCUCUUCAGGAACUCAGGUCGUGUCAAGCAAAUUUAUACGCCUUUUUGAGAAAUCUUAGCCAUGGGUGUCAACUGCAGAGUCACAAUUCUCCGCCACAGCUUGGUUCGAAUUCCUGCACAUGCUGCUGAGAUUAAUCGCCCUCUCCAGCUAUGGAACCCUCCAUGCAACGGCACCCACAGCAACCGAAGCAAGGGGCCCUCUCUAGGGGCUGCAUCUUUUGAUUGCCCGGUGCAACAGUUUUAUUGGAUCGAGACAUCGUGACGUUCCCCCAGUGCCCUCACUAGGGGGUUUCCUGCUCUAUUCGCCUGCGUCCUGCAUGUCUCAUUCCUUCUGUAAUGACGAAAUGCAAAGUCCCUGCAAAGCCCUUCGCCCACGUUUCGAUGCGGCCCUGUGCCCAAUGAUCUAGAUCCAGUAUGCUCUGACUGGCUCUUACCUCUCUUUGGAAUGCAAGGACGGCGAGCGGAGUGGCCCUUUAGGGCCUACACACUUGGCUUAUGUUCCAGAGUUCCUCUGGAAGGGGGCGAUGAACAUGCCCGUUGUCUGGCGUACUGUGCAAGGUAGCCAAGGGGUGUUUUUAAUCUGGCCGAGGUCGCAGUAUAAGGGCUCCUCGGCCGCUUUUUACGCCCGUUUGGUCUGGAAGCUUUUGCUGGCUUUUGCUUUGUUUUCCGUCUUCCCUAUACUGAUCGAGAGGUCCAGCAGAUUCAUCAAACAUCCUCAUAUCACCAUGUCCUCGACGGACUAUAAUCUGGCAGAUCCGCAUACGAAGCAUCGUCAUAGUCACAACCGCCACCACACCGUGGCCGCAAGCCCUGUUCCGACAUAUGCUAACAGGGGUGUUCCGACGUAUAGUAUGCUGAACCAGGAACCUAUAGGCCACUCUAGCAACCUACCUUCCCCACGCUACUCUCCGAACGUGCAACCAUGGAAAAGACAGCAGCCUCAGAACUCCCUCUCUUUCAUUCCAUCCACAUCUCCCCGUUCUGAACAAUCCGAGUACACCACAUCUCAACCAAGACGAAUAGCGGACCGUGGGGCAGCUUGCAUAUCUCCAUUUCGCUCAGUGCGCAAGAUGAAAGAGCCUUUUCAACUUCGUCUGCCGACUUCACCGUCUAUUGAGAACGGCUCUAGCUCUACUGGGGACGCCCGAGUGACUUCACGUCAACCUGAGCUACGGUCAUUGCGGGCCUGGAGAUCGGACCAGAACCUCAUGGCUUCCAGUUUAGAGACAUUCGGUCUUCUCCCUAGCCCUCCACUGUCCGACUCGCAUACUCCUCAGGCAUCUCCAUCAUCGACAUACUUUUCAUCAAAACAAGGGCGUGGAAUUGAGAGCUUCCCUCUGACAACAGGACGCUGCACUCCUCACGCUACGGCAACUGAUACCCCAGCGCAGCAUCAUUCCACCGAAAGCACAAAUGUUCAUAUGGCGCAUUCGAACCUUGUAAGACAGUAUGAGAUGAGUGAUGGGCAGUUUACCCCGUCAACAACGGACUCAGGAUGUAUGUCGCCGCCUGCGACCUGCUCGGAUACAGACUCGGUUGGAACCCGAAACUUUUCCGGGUCAUCCGCAGCGACACAUCGAAGUCGGUCUGGCACAGUCUCAAGCGAAGGUAGUUGGGUUCCAAGUAGCCUAUAUUACUGUGAAACAUGGCUUCAGGGUGCUCCCAUUGAUUCAGCAGAGGAAGAACCGGGAAAAUCGACCGUCCUGAACCGGAGGAAAUUCCAAAUCGUUCAACAAAGCCCCUUUCUCCCGGACUGGAAGCGAGCACACAAUGAUGCGGUCCUCGCAGUGAAGAGCAAAACCAAGCCAAAGUUGGUUGAUAUUUCACGACAAUCCUCACCAGCGAUGAGUUACUCGCUUCCCACGCCGACCCAUAUACUUCCUGCCACGCCUGAUCAAAGCCUACCGGAAGUUUCAGCUUUCAGCCCUGACACGCCUCUAGAAAUGUCCGAUAGUGGUUAUGCUACGAAUAAUCUGGCACGGCCUCCAAAGGAACAGGAAGCUGAUAAGGGAAAUACACCUACAGAGUCCGGCUCAGUGGUUUCAGGAGACGCUAGCGAAACAGUUAUUUGUGAUGUCUCAGCUGAAAAUAAUGCCCGUCAGAAACCACACUCGACGACUGACAUGCUAUCUGAAGCCGUUGCCUCACAACCACAGGCAUCUCCGAGUGCUUCGUCGAGUAAGGUGGAGAAAGAAGAAUUGGAAAAAUGGUGGGAUCUUGAAUGGACGAUCGACCAGCUCGAACACUCGGUGAAGGAAUUCCCUCAAAACAUACUUCGACUGACUUCUCCUGUUGUGAUGUUCCUCCGCCGCAACCAGGAACGAUCCCUGAUCCGUCCUUUUCGCCAAAUAUUUCCUGAUGCUCCAGAAUCUCUCCUCGACUCGCUUUGUGCUGUUCUGAUCGCGAAAAACUAUCUGCUCUCAUUGCCAUCGUCCAGCCGCCGGGCGGCCAGUAUAUCUCCACGUGUGCAGUUUACCAAAUCAGACACGGUUCCAGAAAAGGCCUCUUCGAUUCUGGGGAUGAAGUUUGCACAGCCGCCACCGUCACGCAUCCGAGAUCAGGUCCUUGGUUCUCGAAGCGGCAAGCUUCACCAGGAUUUCGACCGAAUCAUUGAUGAUUUACUAUCCACUCUUCACGGUCCGCCUGACGAGGCUCUGAAAUCAGCUACACUAGUUCUAAUCCAGGUCCUGGAGACCAAGGCAUAGACCGCUGUUUUAACUUGACAUCGUGCAAUUUGCUGUUUGAACUUUAUUCUUGAAGCGAGCUACUUUAGUAUAGAUAUCUUUACGCCACCCGGUCUUUUUUUUUUUUUUUCAUUUGCAAUUCCAGCGUCUGUCUGUAUGCAGCCUUUCUUUCCUAUGCCUCUUAUACUGAUAGCGGCUGCUGGACUAUGUCCGCCUGUUCAGCUGUAGGUACUUAGCCCCAGCCAUAAUGUGUAAUUAAUCGCUAGACAUCUGACAAUGUGAAAUAAUAUAUACCAAGUCGAAU